GGCUCGGCUCCAGCCGCGGCUCCGCUCGUAACCAAGGCGCUGCCAGGCACAGGCGCAAACAGCCGCACACGGAGCGGCUCGGGGCCGCCUUUGCAGCUCUUCUCCCUGCACCAUGCUCCGCUGCCGGCACAGCUUGCCCGCUGCUCCCUGACGGGGGCACGCAGCCCGCCGCUGCCCCAGCAGCCGCCCACCGACCCCUGCUUAUCCGAGUUAGCUCCGUCCCGGGGACUUCAGGCAGCGUCUGCGCCCCCGCUCCCCGCUGGGGCAGCCCUUGAGCUGCGGGGGAUUGAGCUGCGAGCGGCUCGGAGGGGACCGCAGCCGCCGCGGGGGAAGAGGAGCUGCAGCCGCCGCCUCCGGAGCUCUUCAUGGCGGCUCACCAGCAAAGCAGGAUCCAAGCCUACCUGGAGAAGAACAAGAUCGGGCCCCUCUUCGAGGAGUUGAUGACCAAGCUGAUAACAGAGACCCCUGACCAGCCAAUCCCAUUUCUAAUUGAUCAUCUUCAGUCCAAACAGGGGAACCGUGGGCAGCUCCAGAGGACACUGUCUGGUUCUGCUGCCCUCUGGGCAGAGACUGAAACCCCAGAAAACAAGGGAACAAGGAGAGAUUUUAGAAGUUAUGACAAACCUUGGCAGGUAAAUGCAAAAAAGCCUAAAAAGUCCAAGAGUGACCUGGCAGUGUCCAACAUUUCUCCGCCCUCACCGGAGUCCAAGUCAUUGCCAAGGUCAAUAGAGCAUCCUAAGUGGGAUUGGAGGACAAAACCGGAGAGCCAUGAUUUUGAUGAACUAAAUCAUAUCCUUCAGGAGAGCAAAAAGCUGGGAAAGGCCCUUGAGAAUCUGUCUCGCAGCAUUGCUAUUUCUGAUGAAGUGGAUAAGGACACAGCAGGUUUUAACACUCCCCUCCUGCGACCUCGAGUGAUUGGAGAGUGGAUUGGCCGUGAGGAGAACGAUGCCGACCCCCUGGCGGCGGAGAUGCUGCAGCCACCGACUCCCCGGAACAAAAACGAGCAGUGGGACAGCGAGGACAGCAGCAGUCCUGGAGGAAGCUUAAAAAUGGAGCCAAAGAGCAAAGGACUGAAGCAGCAGCAGCAGCAGCACAAGAAGCUGCUGGCAGCCAUGCUCUCGCAGGACUCCUUCGACUCUGCCCAAAGCACCGCGCCCUCCGUCACCGAGGAAGACAUUGACAAUGAAGAUGAUGCAAUGGAGCUGCUGGAGGAUCUGGACGACCUGAGGAUGGAAGGAGUCACAAGUGUGGUGUCUUCUGGCAGCAAGUUCAAUCCAGCUCGGAGCACUCACCUGGUGGAGCCUCAAGCCAAGGUGACGCUGAACAUCUGUGCAAGGUGUGCCAGAUUGCAGGGAGAUAACUUGGCAGAGAGGCCAGAAGAGGUCUCCGUGGUGUCUCAAACAUCUGAGCCAGCAGGGCCAGACUCUGACGCUCAGGUUCCCGGGGUGGAAGCACUCGCAGAAGAUAUUGAUGAGUUUCAGAGUGGCUCUCAAGUGGCAGGAUAUGCUCAGGCAGGAUGGACCCUGGACACUGUGGGUGUCAGACCUGGAGGAUCCCCACGGCAGAAGCUCCUGAAGGAUUCCUUAGCAGCAAAAGAACUUCAGAGCAUGGAGCAGCACCUUGCUGACAUCGAGAAGGACCUGGCGCUGUGGGAGGAAGCGAGGCUCUCCAGGAGCCCUGGUGCCCAGCAUCCCAGUGCCGCUGCCUCUGACCAUCCAGGCAGUCUCCAGGCCACACAGAGCCAACUGGCAAGGCCUCAGGUGCCAGCUCAGACAGGGAAGAAUGUCCAGCUGCAAGGAAACAGGUCCCCACCGCUGCCCAGUAACAGAACACAGGUCUCCGGCGUGGCCAGCAGCAGAGCUCCGGUGCCUGGCACACAGCCCAGCAGGCCUGGGACCCCCAACAGCUUACUGCCACGGCCCCUGACCCCUGGCAGCCAGGGCAGCAGGGAGGGCACCAUUAGCAUGCAGAGGAGCAGAUCUUUGACAUCUAAGAGCCAAAUGGGGAGGACCCUGAGCGCCGCUUCGGGGCUGUCUGUGCAGAUGAGUGGAGACAUUGUUGGGACUGUCACCACUCAGAGAAGCAGUUUGUCAGAAGUAAGAUUUUCCAUUUAACCUUCUCGCUGUGUUCCAGAGCUGCUGGGUUGUGGUUUGUGUGGAGCUGACCCCAGUGCACCCAGCAGUGCCCUGCUCCGAGCAGAGCUUGAGCCAUGCUGAUGAGAAAAGCAGCCAGGAAAUGCUGCUGAGCUUGGAGAGGUCCCCAGCAGGGGAUGUCCGAUUGCUCCAGACAUCACCACCCUGCCCCCCGAAUUCCCCAUCAGCUCUGGAGGGCUUUGCCUGCACAAUGCACAGCAGUUUUAGCAGCCUUACACCUUCCAGGAGGUGCCUGCCUCUGGGAUGUUAAACACAACUCCCACCUUGCGGUCCCAGGGUAUUGUUCUCCUGCCAGACCUGCAGUGUGGAACCUUUCCUCACUCUGCACUUUCUUUAGUCAUUUUGGAGCUGCUGGGGUGGUCAGCUGGGCUGUGUGGGGUGGGGACAGGCACACACAGAACACAGAGAUGGGCUGCAGCGAGGAAGGUCCAACCUCCCCCAGCCGCUGCCCAGCGCUGUGUGUGUCGGAGCCAGGCUGAUGCUGAGCCUCACCACCUCCUCUCCCUGGCAGUGCCAUCCACAGCACUGGGCUUUGCUCAAAAUAAAAAGCUAAACACCUUGGAAAUGUUGAGUGGGAUCCUCCUCUGCUAACCCUGGCUGCCUUAAAGACCACUUUGGUGUGCAGGCAGUGGAAGCAGAGGCCCUUGUCUCAGCCCCAUGCCUUGCAAAAGUCCUGUCCUUUGUCCCUGCUUCUCUCUAGGCUGCUCAGUUUUUGCGGGGGGAUCCUUCAGCUCCCACCAUGCAUUACAGCUCUCUUUUGGAAUCCAUUUGUCAAAGCCUGGGGAGCUUUCUUUUUCCAAGGCUGAAAAAAGUAAUCACACCUUGAGAGAAUUGUUUCUGAGCAGCAUCAUUUGUUUUCCAAGCCUGCUGGGACCCUUGAGACCAGGUCUCAUCAGCCUGACAGCUGCCUGAAGAGCUGAAAGCUUGGUGCUUGUCACGCUGCAGCUUUAGAGAUGCUGGCAGGAGUAGGGAGGUUUGCUGCUGGGCUGUCCUGCCUUGAUGCAGCUGAGUGCAUGGCCUCUGUUAGCUGUUAUGGAAGAAAGGAGAUGAGGCCCAGAGAACUCCAAGAGUUAGGAAUCUGGGAGGAGAUCUCUGUUACAUUUGGGGUCUGAAUGCCAGCACCAGAGCUGCUGCUUUAGCUGGACCUGGCUGGAGGGCACCUGCAGUGCUCUGGCCAGGCUCUGCCCUGGCAGCUCAGCUCUUUUCAAACCAGGAGUUUUCCAUUAAAAGAAAAAGGAGCAAAAAAUAUCCUCUUUUGGUAAACAAUCUCCCUCUGCCUGCUGCUUUGAGGGGUGUUUGUGAGCUGGAAUUCAUUUCUAACUCAAGAUGUCAGGAAGAAAGGAGAGGUUUCCCACUCAACACUUUUCUUUCUUUCUUCUGAAGCAGUGUUGUUCUCAAUGGCUGCACAGGUGUGUGAUGCCAGCUAGAAUUACUGCAGGGGCUCCUUGAAGGGCCAUCUCCUGAGCUCUGCACCUCCUUCAAGGGCCCUGCAGCCUGCCCCUCACUGCUGCUCUCUGCUGCAGCAAGGCAGGCAGCUGAGCACCUGCUGCACCCCCGCAGCCAGCAGCCACGGGUCCCCUUGCCCUUGCUGCCUGACUUGUUCCCUGUGUUUGCCAAAGCCCAGGCCCUGCUGCUGGCUCUCUCAAGAAGUGCCCUCUCACAUCUCCCUGUGCACAGAUUUGUCUCCAGACCUCCAAGGACUGAUCAAACUCCACAGCUGGCAUCGUAUGUCUGCACUCUCCCAGCUGCUGCUCAGCCCCAGCACUCCCCUGCAGGGUCUCAUCCUCUGCUUUAAUCCCUCCUAGAAGUGACAAAUUCUUUUCUCUCUGGGCACAAUGGCACGCUGGCUGCUGCUGACCCUGCUUAUCCUUUCCUGACGUGCACAAGUGACCUUUGACUUAACAGAGACUCCUCUUGGGACUAGCUCUGUUCCCAGGGGGAACGCUGCUGGUGUGGCACAGCACACUGAGCACCUCUGCCAGGCUGUGAAGGCCUUUGGACGUCAGAAAGCAACUUAUGGAGGUCUGGCCCCACCUUUGGAGUGUUCCAGUAGAACCUCUGAGCUCUCUCUGCCCACUGAUGCUCCUGGUCACUUGGUGAAGGGGUUCAGUUCAGACGGAGCACAGUAGAGCACACCAGAACAAGUGGGCUCAGUGUAGAGCAGAACACACAGAACAAGUGGGCUCAGUUCAGGCAGAGCACAGCAGCAGUGUCUGUGUUUGGUGAGGUUUUGCCCCUUUGUGGCCAUGGGACUUCCUUCCCUGGUGCCUCGGCCUCUCUCUGCCCAUGGGCUCAUGCUUUACAGAGUCAGAGAUGGCCUGAGGCAGGAGGAGAGCAGCGAAGCUCUGUCCUCCUCUCUGCCUUCUCUGCCCACAAAGAUGGAAGACUGGAGGCUGAUGCUGUGUAAAGAGUUUUGCAGCUCUACUUUAGGUUUGUGUCCUGCUCCUGUACCAGAGCAGUGAAACAGAAGAAGGGGAACUGCCUUCACUCAGCCUGCUGGCACAGCCUGGGAGCUGCUGCUGGGUAGGAGCACGCAGGGGUCACGCUGCCAAUCCUGCGGCAGACGCCAGGCUAAGGUUUUGCAGGCUGCUCUGCUUCCUCGCUCUUAGGUGGUGGUGAUGGCAGUGCAGAGCUGGCCAGGCUGGGUGAGAACGAGCCACUGGCCGGGGGGACUCCAGCAGCAGGUCUGCCUGUGGGGAGCUGCAAUUAAAGCCUUCAGAACCUG